AUAAGGACUCGCUCAAAACCAACCCACCCCACUCACCAUCUACUACUCAUAGAAAACCAUUGACAUACCUCCUUGAUUCUCUCUUUACAUUUUGUCCUCUAGAAUCCCACCUCAACCAAAAAAAAUAAAUAAAAAGUAACAACAACAGCAACAAAAGAAAAAAAAAAAAAAAGAGAAAAAAGGAAAAAGAAAAAGAAACAACAUUACCAAGCUUCAUUCGCCCCCCUUGUAUGAACUCAAACCCCUCUCCUCCAUGCAAACAACGAAGAAGGAAAGGUCCGGAAUAAGGCAGUCCCGGAGCCCUCAGUCCUCCGUUCGUUCCCGUCGUCGUCGUCGCCGCGGCCAUGUCCACGUCGGAGUACGAAAUGGCACCGGCCGCUCCGCCGUACAACACCCCGCCGGCGCUGAUAGCCUUCACGCUUGGCAUCCUGGUGGUGUGCUUCGUGGCCUUCAGCAUCGUGUACUUGUGCAAGUACUGCUUCACCAGCGUGAUCCAAACGUGGGCCUUCCAACGCACCGCAUCGGGCUCCCUCGUUCGCCUCACGCCCCACCGCUCCCCCCCUCGGGGCCUCGACCCUUCCCUGCUCCAUCUCUUCCCCACCUUCCCCUACUCCUCCGUCAAGGGCCUCCGCAAGGAGAAGUACAGCCUCGAAUGCGCCAUCUGCUUGCUCGAGUUCGAGGACGACAACAUGCUCCGCCUCUUGACCCUCUGCUGCCACGUCUUCCACCAGGACUGCAUCGACCUCUGGCUCCGCUCCCACAAGACCUGUCCCGUUUGUAGACGUGACCUUGACCACCCAGCUGUCGACGAGCCGCAGAAGCUCGUCGACCCAGAGGACGUCCUGGUCACGUCCAUCAACCAGGACGUUAGGAUAGACGUGAGAGAAGACAAUGAUAAUAAUAACAACAAUGACAAUAACAAUAAUAACGACAUUAACAACAAUAAAAAUCAAAGACAAGGACAAGGAGAAGAGGCUGCAGAAGGUGGACAUGAAAUUCAAUUUCAACCGGAACAAACGUUUGUACGGUCGCACUCCACGGGGCACUCGAUAGUUUUGAUUAGAGACGAGGAGGGUGAGGGGAAGGGUGAUGAUAAGUAUACAUUGAGGUUGCCGGAGCAUGUUUUGAGAGUGAGGCAUAAUUGUACGAGGAGCUGUGCGAGUUUUAAGGAUGCUGAACCUUGUAGUAAUUGUGGCUUCGUUCAACCCCGAUCACCCGGGUGCUCCUCCCCUCCCCAAACUCAAGAACCUUGA